AUAGUGUGUGUCCUGACAGCUGCCGCCCCCCAAAAAAGAAUAUGACACUUUACUUUCAUAUUUCCAUUUUCCGUCAUAAUUUCUCCUCGUGUCCUGUACGCCUUGCCCUGUCCUAUUGUAUCCAAACCUCUUUCAAAACGCAUAUCAUACCUCACCAUACCUCAUCCCAACACCCGUCGUCGUCAACGUCCAGCACCCACAAUCCAAAACUCAAUGCCGCCACCACUCCUACAAUGUCAUCAAGGCUCAGCAAAAAUGCCCUCCAGACCACAAAUCCAAAAGUCAGGUACAUGUACUUUUGUACGUUCUCUUCCUCCUCCUCCUUCCUGUCUGCCUGCCCACAUGUACCCACCCACCUACCUUUGCUUCACCAAACGCAGCAUUCGCAACAUCAGCUCCGAGCGUAGGUAGCGCCAAAUCCCCACAUGGCUGCCUGUGCCACUUGACCCCCAUACAUUCUCAAGUAGGUAGUGAUGCGACUGGUGUUG